AUGACUGUGAAGCGUUUCACACUGGAUUACAACAAGGUGAACGAACAAGGCACCUUCUCGCCAGGCGACGUCAUCUCUGGAAAGGUGACCGUGGUGACCAACAAGGAAACCAAAGUGCAGUGUUUCCUGGUCAGAGCAAAAGGAAAAGCUGAGGUGACGUGGUGCGAACAAGAAGGAGAAACCACAGUGGUUCACAGCGACAAGAAGAAAUACUUUUAUUUCGAACACAUUAUACUCCAGGAUAAAAACAAAGGAGAUGGUUCAGAAAUCAUUGGCCCUGGGAGAAACGUGUAUCCUUUCACCUUUACGAUUCCCGAUAGGGACAUGCCAUCGUCUUGUGAGGGGAAAUGGGGCAAGAUCGCCUAUAGUUUACGAGCGCAGCUGACUCAGUCAAUCUGGCUCGUCCACAAAACCAAGAUGGAGUUUCCUUUCCUCACUAAGUCCGAGUUCCCCUUUGCCUCCAAAUCAGAGAUGCUAAUCAUUGGACUCAAGGAGCAACAAAGUGCAACCAUGAUUUCAUUUUACGGCUCUGGAAAGGUGACUGUGAAUGUUACCUCUGAGAAAAUGGGAGUGAAGCAAGGUGAGGCAAUGGGGGUUUCUGUAGAAGUGCUCAACGACUCAGCGCGCACAGUAACACCCAAAUUCUACCUCUGUGAGAAGCAGACCUUUGUUGCUCGGUCGAAAAGGACCGUGCACACAAACGACGUGCUCUUUGGGACAGGAGAUUCUGUUAUGGCCGAGACGAGUCGCGUUGUUACUAAAGUUCUGAGUAUCCCUCCACAGACGCCCCCCACCUUUUUCAACUGCUGCAUGAUGAAGCUCGAGUACAGACUCAAGGUCACUCUCGAUGUCCCGCUGGCAAGAGACCCGGAGAUCAAACUUCCCCUGGUCAUCCUGCAGGGUUCACUAAAGCCACAUCAACAAAAACCAAAGAGAUCCAUCUGGUUCAGGAAGCUUCCUGGUUUAAAAGGAUGUCUUGGAUCAGGAGAGGGUGGCACACAUGCCGUAUGA